GCGCUAUUCUGGUUUUCGCUUUGGUUUCUUGCCUUUUCUGAUGUUGGGUGGUGAUUGAAUCGUCUUGUUUUUAGUAGUCUCGUUUUCGAGGGUGGGAUUUUUUGGAAAUCUUUAGUUUUCGGGUUCUGGCUUGUGAGAUGCUGAUUAUUCUCUGUCAUGGCGGGUUUCUUUCGGCGUUAUUAUUUUGUGAAUUGCAAGGUGGGUCUGAAGAACGUUUUCGGAUCUCCUGGUGGUUCCGUAGAGGAAUACUGCGAAGGGUUGUUCAUUAGGCCUGAACUCCUCAUAUAAAUUACAGAAUGGGUUGUUUUAUGGUAUUAAAGAACAGAAAGAAGAGCUCUGAUCGGUCCUCCCAUAUAAAUUCCAUUGAAGCUGUAGAUAAUCCACACUCUACCAUUCAGUCGGUGCCUCGAAGUUUUCAAAAUAGAUCGAAGCUUGAGGCAAUUGACAAUCUGCACAACGAAAGGACGUGUUUCUUCUCUCCACCUUCAAGUUUGGCAAUUCAAGAGCAGGACCAGAAGAGGGCUGCAGGUGAAAAGCCAACCAUUUGUACGACACACCCACUCCCUCUCCCAUCACCACGGGGUGGUUCACUGAAGCAAAUGAACAGCUUCAAAUCAAUCAGUAUCUCUGAUCCAAUUCGUUUAUCUGGGCCACUUCCUCUACCUCCUCUGGGUGGCAUCCGGUGUUUCUCAUACAGUGAAAUAGUAGCUGCCUGCAAUAACUUCUCACCUGAUAGAUGCAUGGGGGAAGGAUUAUCUACUACUACUUACAAGGCAUCAUUUGGUGAUGAAUCUUGUGCUUCAAAGACCUUUGAUGCAACUGUUGUCCGCCUUCACCUUUCCAAGCAGAGGUAUAAGGAUUUUAUGAGCGAGAUUGAUAAGAUAACGACUUUGCAACAUCCCCUGCUAUGUAAGCUGAUUGGGAUUCAUGCACGUGAGGGAUCUGAUCAGUUCAUGCUGGUUUUUGAAAGGCUUUUCCAUGGAAGUUUGGAUCGGUUGCUUUAUGGCAGAUCUGAUGGACCUCCAAUUGAUUGGAAUACAAGAAUCAAGAUUGCAGUCUGUGCUGCUCAAGGGCUUGCAUUUUUGCAUGAAGAAGGACCAUUUCAGGCAAUGUAUAAUGAGUUCAGAUCAAUGCAUAUUCAGAUUGAUAAGGAUUUUAGUGCAAAGCUCUCUGGAUACGGUGCUGGCAUUUGCGACGCAGAAUCCGACUUUUCUUGUUCAACAGCAUCGGUAAACCUUCCUCCUGAGACCGUGGAGCGAGCAUUAGUGACCCCCAAGAGUAAUGUUUGGAGUUUUGGUAUCCUGCUUCUUGAAUUGAUAACAGGGCGCCAACAUCUGGAUUCUGAUUAUCCAAAAGAAGAACGGAACCUUGCAAAGUGGGCUAAGGCUUUCCUCUCUGAUGACUGCCGAUUAUCUCUGAUAAUAGACCCCAAACUGAGAGGCCGUUAUUCAGCCAAAGCUGCUAGGCUUGCCAUUGAAACUGCUGGGAAAUGCCUUGGAAGAGACCCUUCAGACAGACCCACAAUGCGAGAGGUUUUGGAAUCACUCAAAUGUAUACAAGACAUAAAGAUUCCUCACCUAUUUCCAUUGCAGGAGCCAACUACAGCUUCUAAGCCACUAAUUGACACAACUGUUCUCAACCACCAGCAGCUAAAUCUGAUGACAAGUUCCCCCAGCGUCAAUGGCAUACCUUCACCAGUUGGUGGUUCCAGAUCAUCACAGUCACCACAUUGUCGAGUGAAGCCACUGGCUUCGCCAAGACCGCUUUCUCUACCACCCAGAUUUUGCCCGACCUCAACUCAGGGACUCUGCAAGCUAGAUUCCCCAGCAAGGAGAGCCGCUGGAGUUGCUGGCUUUUAGUUUAGUUUGUUGUAUAGUUUUUUUUUUUUUCCUUGUAAUUCUGUAUUUUUUGGAAUGAGAUGUGGAGAAAGAAGGUAUAGAUGGAAGAAUAUGUUGAGGAAGAGAUAGAUUUAUCCGGUUUCUAAAUAAUUUUCAAGGUUGUUCCUA